CUCAAUUCAUUUUUUACUGGAUUUUUAUUUGGAUUCGUUCUGUUGAAGAAACCAGAAAUUAAAUUUGGUUAUAAAACACUUCUCGUAUUUUGGAUUGGAAGUUUUAUAUUGAUAAUGUUGGCAAUAUUUGGAUUGCACGAUUAUAAAAGAGAAACGUUACCAAAAGACACUAUAGUUUAUUUACAUCAUAUGUUAUCUCCAUUUGCUUUUACUGUGGCUACCGCAUGGAUUUCUGUUGCAUGCGUUACUGGACAUGGUGGUAUCUGUAAUCGAAUUUUGUCAUUGCGAAUAUUUUGUAUGUUGGAUAAAUUAAUUAUUUGGAUCUACAUGCUUCAUGUACUAGUUUUAAUGUAUAUUUAUGGUCAUUUACGGAAAGGUCUUUACGCAUCAGCAAUAACUAUGUGGAUGCUGUUCCUAAUGGUGAUGUGUCUAACCUUAAUUGCAUCGUUACUCAUGCAUUUAUUUGUAGUAACACCUUUAAAUUAUCUUGUUGAUAAAAUAUUUGAAUUUUUCUGCAAGAAACAAACAGUGAAGCGAAAGGAAGAUUGAAGAAUUAGUAAUAUGCGUGAAA